AUGUCGGAGACCAACACCCCCAACCCCGCCGACAACAAGGACGGCGCUGCCGCCGGCGGCAACGGCGAGGCGGCCGCGCCCGUGGAGCACCUCAACAUCAAGGUGACGGACAACAACAACGAGGUCUUUUUCAAGAUCAAGCGGACGACGAAGCUGGAGAAGCUGAUGACGGCAUUCUGCGACCGGCAGGGCAAGUCCCUGUCGUCGGUGCGGUUCCUGUUUGACGGCCAGCGCGUUCAGCCGAGCGACACGCCGGACACGCUGGAAAUGCAAGACUCGGACACGCUGGAGGUGCACCAAGAGCAGCUGGGUGGUGGCAACUAG